AUGGACAAGCUACUGCUUUGGGUCUCUGUCCUUGCCAGCCUUCCAGAAGCCUUUGCUCAGAAAGACCUCAGUAGGAAGGUGUCUGUGUUCCCUAGAGAAUCUUCUACUGACCACAUGAACCUGAUCACAAAGCUGGAGAAAGCUCUACAGAAUUUUACCUUGUGUUUUCAAGCCUAUAGUGGUCUCUUGUGCUACAGCCUCUUCUCCUAUAACACCCAGGGCAAGGAUGAGCUACUAAUUUUUAAAGACAGAAUUGGAGAGUACAGUUUAUACAUUGGAAGAACCAAAGUUACUGCCAGAGUUAUUGAGGAGUUCCCCACCCCAGUGCACAUCUGUACCAGCUGGGAGUCUUCCAUAGGCAUUGCCGAAUUCUGGGUCAAUGGGAAGCCGCUGGUGAAAAACGGCCUGAGACAGGGUUAUUCUGUGGGAGCUAACCCCAAGAUUGUCCUGGGCCAGGAACAGGAUUCCUAUGGAGGAGGCUUUGAUAAAACCCAGUCCUUUAUGGGAGAGACUUGGGAUUUGUACAUGUGGAACUCUCUGCUGUCUCCCGAAGAGAUCCAGUUUGUGUAUCAGGGUUCCUACUCCCUCAAUCCCACCAUCCUGGACUGGCAGGCUCUGAACUAUGAAAUGAAAGGCUAUGUUGUCAUCAAGCCCCUGGUGUGGGGCUGA